AGCAGACGUACAGGGUGUGUCUGACUUACUCUCAAGGUUGCAUAAGCAAGAUUUCAAAAUCAAUCCUACUCUGGAGACCUCAACCUAGCGGACACUGUUCCCGGCUGGCAAAGAAGAACUGCAUGACUCUUCUUGUUUUCUUCAAACCUUUACCCUUACUCUUGUAUCCCCGCCUUCUCCUCUGCAGGAAACUUUAUUUCCUACUUCUGCACACCAAGUUCCUACCUCCAGAUCUGCUUGGGUCAGUUGCUGAGAAACCUGACAGACCAGUGCCACUUGGAAGAAGCCAUCCCCUGGACCGAGGAGGAUGGGAAGCAAUGACACGUUGAUCCAGCUCGGCCACAACAUGCUGACCACAUCUCACUCUCUGCUUACAACAAACAUCCGGGUGGACGGUGCAGACCCCACCACCGUCUUUGACUAUGGGGACGACAGCGCACCCUGCGUGAAGGACGACGUGAAACAGAUCGCAGGCAGGCUGCUGCCUCCGCUCUACUCGCUGGUGUUCAUCUUCGGGUUUGUGGGCAACCUGCUGGUCGUCCUCAUCCUGAUCAACUGCAAAAAGCUGAAGAGCAUGACUGACAUCUACCUGCUCAACCUGGCCCUCUCCGACCUGCUCUUCCUUCUGACGUUCCCAGUGUGGAUUCAUUCCGCUGCGAAUUGGUGGGCCCUGGGGAACGUGAUGUGUAAAGUCUUCACAGGGAUGUACCACAUUGGUUAUUUUGGAGGCAUCUUCUUCAUCAUCCUCUUGACCAUUGACAGGUACCUGGCGAUCGUCCAUGCUGUGUUUGCUUUAAAAGCCAGGACGGUCACGUUUGGGGUGGUGACCAGUGGGGUCACCUGGGUGGUGGCUGUGUUCGCCUCUCUCCCAGGAAUCAUCUUCACCGAAUCCCAAGCUGACGAGUCUGUUUACUCCUGCGGCCCUUACUUCCCAGUCGGCUGGAAGAAUUUCCAAACGAUAAUGAGGACCCUGUUGGGCCUGGUCCUGCCCCUGCUGGUCAUGGUCGUCUGCUACUCGGGAAUCCUGAAGACCCUGCUUCGGUGUCGCAACGAGAAGAAGAGGCACAAGGCCGUGAGGCUCAUCUUCGUGAUCAUGAUCGUCUACUUCCUUUUCUGGGCUCCCUACAACCUCGUCCUGCUCCUGGACACCUUCCAGGAGUUCUUUGACUUGAGUACCUGCAAGAGGACCAGCCAGCUGGACCGAGCCAUGCAGGUGACGGAGACCCUGGGCAUGACCCACUGCUGCAUCAACCCCAUCAUCUAUGCCUUCGUCGGGGAGAAGUUCAGACGGUACCUCUCCGUGUUCUUCCGAAAGCACAUCGCCAAGCACCUCUGCAAACAAUGCCCAAUUUUCUACCGGGAGACCGCCGAUCGCGUGAGCUCCACCUACACCCCUUCCACGGGAGAGCAGGACGUCUCAGUGGGUUUGUAAAUGAGCAGCAAUUUGCUUGUUACUUUCAAGGGAGAUAGCCAUCAUCUAGGAUAAUAAGCCUCAGGGGUUUUGAACUACACAGACCUGCAGAUCUCUAAAGUGUGUGCCCAGGAACCUCAGGGUUGCGUGUACCGAGACAGACUUAUGUCACUCCUUGUACAGCCAGUGUGUACUCAGGGCAUAUUCCAGAAGCGCUGUGGGUAGAGACUGACUGCAGCCAGCUCGUCUCAGUUCCUGGAAAAUGCCUCAUUGCCGAUGCUUACGCUCUUGCCCCCGCCUUCACCAUUUCUUCACUCGCUCUGAUUCUAUCAGUCUCUUUAAUCAAGUGCCCAGUGAGACAACUGUGGGUGAGUGGGCUCGGCCACGUGCAGGGGGAGGGAGGCGUGAGAAUGGCUGGGCCUGGGUGGGGAUGCAGGCAAGGAGUUUGCUCGCUCAACCGGGCAGGGAGUGGCCCGGAGCCCCACCUCCCACCUCUAUUUGACUUUGAAGUCUUCCCAGGUCCUGAGCUAAGGGACUGUACUCACUUUUUGACAGCUUUGCUUGGGUCCCAUGAUCCUCUUCUGUGUAAGUGCAUGGCACAUCCUCACUUUAUUCUGUUCUAUCUACAACAACCAGGCACCCUUCCUUUGAAAUCUGUUAAACCUAUUGUCCCACUGCCCCCAUGUUUCUUGGGCCACACCGCCCUCUAUAAAAAUGUGCACAGAUGUUUGUUUGUGAAAUAUGCACCUUCCCUAAUGAGAUGAAAAAUAAAGCCCUCGCUUGGUCUUGCCAGGGAAAGGGGAGGGUGGGAGGCAAUGAUUAGGAAAAAGGGUGGGGACCAGUGAGUUCCCCCAUCAGGGGUGCAGGGCCAUAGCAAGAGUGAGACCACCCCAGGAAGGUUUCCAGCAUCGGCUGAGGGGGAGGCCAGAAAGGACCCUCAGCACCUCCCGAGGCCUUGCGUUGCAGACCUGACGGUGCAGCUUCUGCUGCCUCUGCCUCUCCAGGCCUUCCCCAAAGCCCUUCUCACACCCCCUGCCGGUGGGGCGAGCCUACUUCAAAGGCCAGUCUGUGGAGGGUCCAGGAGAAUAAACCUGGGAGACCCUGAAGGCAACUGUACAGCAAGGACCCCUCAGUGGCCGGGAAGCGGGAAGACAGUGGGUGGGAGCCCUGGGCUGGGUCCUCAGGACGGAGAAGGGGCCUGGGCACAGGACAGAGGCCCCCGCACUGCCAAUCACACAACAGCCAUGUGUCUGUGUCUCCAGACCAGCAGGCAGGGCGGCCUCGAUGAAGAUGACUUUGUAUUGGGGGGUGGAGAUACAAAUGUUUUCCACGGGGAUGGAGGUAGAGUUGGGGGGUGAGAUUAACCGGGGAAUUUAUAUGCCUAUGCAUAGCCCAUGGACCCAGACAAUAGUGUGGCAAAGGCUUGGGAGGUGCGGGUGUGGGGAGGAGGGGGUCAGUGGGGGGAAAAAACAACAAUAGAUUAAAAAAGAAAGUUAAAGAUGAAAACUGCAACUUGUGAAUGUGCUAACCUACAGUUUAAGAGUUAUUAUUGCGCCCAGCCUGAAAGUGCUGUAUUCAUCAUGGAGACAAUUCUGAUUUUGAGCUUACAGUCUUGGGCUGCAGCUCAGCAGACACAGCUGUAGGUCAGGGGGGUGGCGGUCUGCGAUGCCCAGGCAUCCGACCUAAAUAGCAGCAGCUGAUCCCAGCGCUCCCCACAGCGGGCAGCCCAGCCCAGCCCAGCCCUGUCUUCAUUCUCUGACUUGCUGCCAGGCAUCUUGUUUUGCAGCAGUUAGUCUAGGAAGGCAUAGAUGUAAUCAUAUUUGAAUGCUUCCAGCUUUGUCCAUGUCCAUGUCCGUGUUGAUGCUUGGAUUGUCCCCUUUGGCCAGUGGGAAUUCCUAAAUCAAGCUGACCCCUAGGCAAAGCUUUAACCUUCUUUGUAAAGAAGGGGAUUAGUUCACCUAAGUCAGCAAAGACCUUGUCUCGGGUGAGCCGGGUUAAGAAUGUGCAUCCGCGGUACCCGGUGCACGUCUGAUCUGAUGCAAGAAACACGGGCUUUCGGAACCUGGCUCUCAGGAGCUGGGAGCUACUGUGGUUUUGCUUUCUUGUUUCAUGGCUAGAGACGGGGGGCGGGGGGGGGGGGUGUCUUUCUCCUUCCGGUAUGUGUAUUAUCCCAAUGAAUGCAUUCAAUUCUGUUUUGGUGAUGAAAUGUAGGUAUUGUUAUGACUCUGAAAAUGAGUCAAUGCUCUAAUCAUAUUGUUUUAAAAAAACAUGUUGGUUAAAAACUCCAUUUCCUCCUCCCCCCAACUCUGGCAACCACCACUCCCUCCAUUUCACCUAUGAGUCUGACUACUUUAAAUAUCUCCUGUAAGUGGCAUCGGGCAGUGCCUGUCCUUCUGUGCCUGGCAUAUUUCACUUAAUAUAAUGCCCUCCGGUUCUCCCAUGUUACAGGCUUUUCUUCUCUCCUGAGGCUGAAGAAUAUUCCGCUCUGUACAUAUCACAUUUCCUUUACCCAUUUAGCAACAUGUGUAAAAUUUCAGUUAUACAAGAUGAGUAAGUUCUAAAUGUCUGCUUUACAACAUCAUGCCUAUAAAUAACCAUCCUGUAUUGUACACUAAAAAAUCCUUUAAGAGGGUAGGCCUCGUGUUAAGGGCUCUUACCACAAUAAAAAAUUUAAAAAA